UGUACCUAAUACUUUUCCUUGUGCGGAAGUCUUCCGCGACCGUUCACUACUUUAUACAAUUCCAGCUUCCAAGCCACGGUCGACUCCCAUUUCGUCAUCCUUUUCAAUGGAAUAUCCAUCGUUCUUCCUCCUCCUCCUCCUUACAAUCAUCGCCUUCAUCGCAGUAGCAGGUCAGCCCCACAACAACAUAACCUUAAGUUCCUACCUCACCACCGACACCGCCGGAGUCACAGACCUCUCAUGGCUCUCCCCCUCGGGCAACUUUGCCUUCGGCUUCCUCCCCCUCCCAACUAACACCUCCCUCUUCCUCCUCGCCAUCUGGUUCGCCAAUCUCCCCAACACCACAACCCUCAUCUGGACCCCAAAUCGACACAGACCCCUUCCUCCCAAAUCCUCCGUCUUCCUCACCUCAGAUGAUGGACAGCUCUCCCUCCGAGAUCCCACCGGAACCGAAGUCUGGAACCCCGGUGCUCCGGAAGCUUCCUAUGCCGCCAUGCUCGAUACCGGCGACUUCGUUCUUGCGGCUUCUGACGGCUCCGUUCUCUGGAAUAGCUUUUCCGAUCCGACGGACACGAUUCUCCCCACUCAAACCCUAAGCCCCGGUACUGAAAUCGUGGCGAAGCUGAGCGACGAUGAUUUCAGCAACGGCCGAUUCAAGCUGCGUAUGCAGUCCGAUGGAAACCUCGUCUUCUACCAGAUUGCUAUACCCACCGGAUACCAGUACAGUCCCUACUGGGCCGCCAAUUUCCUAGUGCCAAACUCCCGGCUCGUCUUCAAUGCUUCGGGAAGCAUUGACCUAAUCUCUCCGAGUGGGUCUGUAUUAUCAACUCUGACCUCAGCAACGACGAAAUCAUCCUCAGAUUACUACCACCGAGGAACUCUUGACUACGAUGGAGUCUUCCGUCACUAUGUUUACCCAAAGAAGACAGUCGUCGCAGGCGGUGCGGCCGAGUGGCUGCUCAUGGAUUUUAGCCCGAUAGAUAUAUGCCAGAAUUUGAUUACAACGCCCGGAAGUGGAGCUUGCGGGUUCAACAGCUACUGCAGCUAUGACACGAAGCAGAUGGUCGCAUGUCAGUGCCCGGUGGGCUAUUCAUGGGUCGACCCGAACAGGACUUAUAUGGGAUGCAAGCCCAACUUCACCAUGCCUAGUUGUAUCUCUAGAGUACCGGGCGAGGGAUUUCAGAUGGUUAGAAUAGAGAAACUCGACUUCCCAACUGAAAAUUAUGACCAGUUCAAUCCUAUGAAUGAGACGGACUGUGAACAACAAUGUUUGGAUGAUUGCUUAUGCGCGGCUUCAGUUUACGAUGGAGUAGGCAAUUGCUAUAAAAAGAAGUUUCCUUUCUCCAAUGGGAGGAAAGGAAACUACGUAAGCGGAGUAGCCUUCAUCAAAGUAAGUAACAACAAUAACCUACCAAGCUCUCCCCUUUCCAAGAAGAGAACUUGGAUUCUACCCGAUUCUAUAGUUCUCGUCAGCUCCGUUGUACUAAAUUUCAUCAUUGUUUCUGUAACCCUCAUUUAUUUUCAUGUGAGCAAAAGGAAACAAAAACAUCAGCUUAACGACAACGUAUUGGGGCCGAAUCUUAAGGCAUUCACAUACAAAGAGCUUCAGGAAGCCACCAAAGGCUUCAGUGAAGAGCUCGGAAGAGGAGCAUGUGGCACGGUUUAUACAGGAUAUCUUUGUCCUGAGCUUACCGGAACCCCCAACCUAGCCGUUAAGCAGCUACGCGACUUUCACCCAGAUAUCGAUAAGGAAUUUACUAACGAGGUAAAAUCUAUCGGGGAAACUCAACAUAAGAACCUCGUGCGUCUCCUUGGCUACUGCAACCAAGACACGAAGAGGCUUCUUGUCUAUGAAUAUAUGAGUAAAGGCUCCCUUGCAAGCUAUCUCUUCAGCAAAAUUCGGCCGCCAUGGAAACAAAGAGUGGAAAUUAUGCUCGGGAUUGCAAGGGGCCUUCGAUAUUUGCACGAAGAGUGUACCACGCAGAUCAUUCACUGUGACAUAAAGCCGCAAAAUGUACUCCUUGACGAGAACUUCAAUCCAAGGGUUUCAGACUUUGGGCUCGCAAAGCUUUUGAAAACAGACCAGACGAGGACGAACACAGGGAUAAGGGGAACGAAGGGGUACGUUGCGCCUGAAUGGUUCAGGAACUCAGUGAUAAGUGCCAAGGUGGAUGUUUAUAGUUUCGGUGUGAUGGUUAUGGAGAUUUUGUUUUGUAGGAGGAAUGUGGAAAAUGAGAUGGAGGAAGAAAAGGCCCUUCUUACUUUUUGGGUAAGUGAUUGUUAUAAUGAUGGACGGAUUGAUGCUCUUCUGGAGGGAGAUGAGGAGGCCAUGGCAGAUAUGGGGAGGGUGGAGAGGUUUUUGAUGGUGGCUUUGUGGUGCGUGCAAGAAGAGCCAGCCUUGAGGCCGACGAUGGGGCAAGUAAUGCAGAUGUUAGAGGGAGCGGUGGCGAUUAAUCCGGUGCCGCCUUCUCUGUGAGGAGGAUUAUGCUUGUCCUAAUCAAUAAAUGAGGUGAUUAAUAUAAUUUGAUUAUUAUUUUAGAUCAUGUGAUGCAAAUUCAUUUAAAUCACGGCCUGUAAAUGCAACAAUUUUUCUCUUUUUCAUCUUCUUAGCGUGGCCGGCUUGCAGUGGGAACUGUUAUGAUUAUUGAGUUCAUUUCUUCAAAUCCGAGAAAUGCAAACGCAAUCAAAUAAAAUAAAACAAAUUACUUUAAUUUAAUUGUU